AUGCUUCGGCACGAAUGGGCCGGCUCGACCGGAGUGAUACCACGGCCUCACAGAAACAUGACGAAACACAACGAAAGUGUCGUUUCACGUCGUAUGAGUGAGGUUACCGGAGCCCCAAUUACCCUCCCCUUCCCCAAUAUCCCCAAUUCCUGAAUCCCUAUCGAUCCUCAAACUCCUAAUCCCCAAAAGGCCGGUAACGCACUUGUAACACCUCUAGUGUUUCAGGUGUUCAUGAGCGACGCUGAUUGCUUACCAUCAGGUGAUCCGUCUGCUCGUUUACCAGCUUAUGCCAUAAAAAAAAAUUGUACCUAGACCGGCCACGUUUAAUUUUUGUAUGUUUUUUAUUUCUUGCGAAUUUA